CAACAUCAUCAUGAAGUUUCUCCUCCUCUGGGCUCUCUUGAAUCUGACUGUUGCUUUGGCCUUUAAUCCAGAUUACACAGUCAGCUCCACUCCCCCCUACUUGGUCUACUUGAAAUCUGACUACUUGCCCUGCGCUGGAGUCCUGAUCCACCCGCUUUGGGUGAUCACAGCUGCACACUGCAAUUUACCAAAGCUUCGGGUGAUAUUGGGGGUUACAAUCCCAGCAGACUCUAAUGAAAAACAUCUGCAAGUGAUUGGCUAUGAGAAGAUGAUUCAUCAUCCACACUUCUCACUCACUUCUAUUGAUCAUGACAUCAUGCUAAUCAAGCUGAAAACAGAAGCUGAACUCAAUGACUAUGUGAAACUAGCCACCCUGUCCUACCAAACUAUCUCUGAAAAUACCAUGUGCUCUGUCUCUACCUGGAGCUACAACGUGUGUGAUAUCUACAAGGAGCCCGAUUCACUGCAAACUGUGAACAUCUCUGUAAUCUCCAAGCCUCAGUGUCGCGAUGCCUAUAAAACCUACACCAUCAAGGAAAAUAUGCUGUGUGUGGGCAUCGUGCCAGGAAGGAGGCAGCCCUGCAAGGAAGUUUCUGCUGCCCCGGCAAUCUGCAAUGGGAUGCUUCAAGGAAUCCUGUCUUUUGCGGAUGGAUGUGUUUUGAGAGCCGAUGUUGGCAUCUAUGCCAAAAUUUUUUACUAUAUACCCUGGAUUGAAAAUGUAAUCCAAAAUAACUGA